CCGGUGGAAUAUUCUAGCGGAUUCGUCUGUGGGGCUUUAAAAGCAGGCGCGCUCAGACGCAAAGUGAGAUACUUUGGACAGGAGAAUCAUUAUUGGAAUGCGAUAAACAGCCACUUUGUACACAUGAAGAAGUAACUAUUACAGAAGAGAGAUUUAUUUAAUACGAUUGUUUAGUUCCAUUCAAGACGUGGCAAUCAUUUGCACUAUUUCAGCAGCAUCUUUAGGUCAUUCCAGAUGUACAUACCCCAUCAGACAUGUGACGAUGGAUUUCGUCACGAUACCCAAACAAAAAAACCACACUAAAUGCGUCGCUCAGUUAUGUAUAAAGUCAUUGUGGAAAGCUCAGCCACCAGAGUUUACUCUGGCAAAAACUGUUGUGCUGUGGGCAGACAGACGCAGAGAGAACCAUGAUUCUGCUGACUCCAUCCUCUGGUUUCUUCCAGCACACCAAUAAGCUCUUUCUGAGCGAGCAGGCCACUGGUGUCCAGCUCAAGGAGUUUGUACGCAAAAAUGCAGCCAAUGCUCUGUCUAUGGCCAACAUGCUCAUGGGCAUGGCCUCUAUUCUCUGCAGCCUGAACGGCCACCAACAUGCUGCCUGCUGGCUGGUCCUGAUUGGCUACCUGCUGGAUUUGGCAGACGGGGCAGUUGCCAGGCGACUGGAUGCAUGCUCUGCACUAGGUGCUAAACUGGAUGAUUUUGCAGAUUUCACAACCUUUGGGAUUGCAACUUCAUUGCUCCUGAGGACACAUGCUUUAAUGGACAACAUCCUGUGCAUGUGCUAUGUCCUGUCUGUGAUUGUCCGACUCUGCUUCUUCUCCAGCGGCAUCCCCUUCAUGUACCGUGGCCUGCCAUGUAUCUACUCUUCUGCCAUCCUUGCCUGUCUCUCCCUGCUGACCGGAGGUAACAUGGUGAUCCUGCGGGUCACUGCUGUGGCCAUGAUCCUCUUUAUGGUCAACCAGGGAUUCUACCCUCACGACAGGGUCCUGGAGUCACAGGCCUGGAAGAAGGUGGUCUACGCUGGAGGAGUUGUCAUGGUGUUCUGUUCCUCUUUCCCUCCGGCAUGUGUGUACUACCUGUUGUGGUCUGUGUCCUACAUUUUGUUCCCAACAACACUAUGGAGCUGCAAAGUGUAGUAGGCAUUAAAGGCCUUGUUACAAAUUCACACUCGCACAUACAUGGCUUGUCAACAGGCUGUCCAGUGGGGUUAACUAAAGCGCCCAGACUGCUGCUGCUAGCUAUCCACAGCGGAUCGAAACAGAACGUAAGAGGACGUUGUAAUGUUUUUGUAAGAUUGAACUGCCUUUUUCAUCAUGAACACUUGAUGGAUAAUGUACUGUACUUUAGCCAUUUUGUUUUUGAAUAAGGUUUUGGGUAUCUGUAGCUAUUAUGUUUGUACAAUACAACUGCAGAGUUGUACUGUCUAGUGUGUGUACUGUAUCAUCCUUAUGCACAAAUUGUGCUUAAGAUUACUACAACAAUAAUACAAAAAAGUAUUUUCAGUCAUUAAUAAAGUCAUUGAGUAGCAGUUUUUACUGUAAAGAAUAAGAAAAUGUCAACAGUUUUUGCAGU